AAGAAGUUCUUUAAUUGUGGUUUUUGCUGUUGCACGAAGAUGACCAUGAGCCCGUUAUUAUUAGCAUUAGUAGUACUGUUAUUAUUUUCUCCCUGCCUCGUUGGGCCGCCGUGCCAGGCUGGUGCCUGGAAAUGAUGUGGAGCCACCAGCUCGGCACGGAGCUCGGGCAGCUGCGGCACCGAGCCAGGCCGGCUCUCUGGCUGCUGUCCCGGCCACGUGUGCCCGUGCAGGAGUCCCAGAUCCUUCCCCAGGAGAGGUGGAUCCCCCCUGGGAGCCUCCAGCCCCGCUCUGGGCUGUCGUGGACUGUCCCCAUCAGCCGCGUUUUGGGGUGCUGGACACGCGUGCCGUGCCACAGCCAAACGCUGCGCACUGCUUUGAGUUCCCUUGCUGGCCACGGGGGCUUCUUUAUGUUUUUCUCUUGCGCUAUGAAUGGGUUUUGCUGUAAAUUAUAGCUUUGCGCACAUUCCCUCGGGCCGAGGAAAAUAAGCUCUGCCAAAAAGCCAGCCCGGAUCGCUGAGUGGCUCCCCCUCUCCGCUCCCUAAUUGAAACCAAAUGUGCUGAGAUGUAGGAUUGUGGGAUUUCUGGCCGGCUCCCAGGAAUCCGCAGAAUGCGAGCGAGCUCCCAGAGGCAUCUUGCAUCAGCCCGGAGAAGUUCUGUGCUCACCUGGCUCCGCGGGCUCGGGGCUCGGAGCCGGGCCGGGGACUGCCAACAUGUUGGCCACCCCCAGACCGGCCCUGCUGCCACUGCUGCCACUGCUGCCACUGCUGCUGCACGUCCCUCAUGCUGCCAGAGCCCAGGUCAACCCCGCCGUGUGUCGGUACCCCCUGGGAAUGUCGGGCGGGCACAUCCCUGACGAGGACAUCUCAGCCUCCAGCCAGUGGUCUGACUCCACGGCCGCCAAGUACGGACGGCUGGACUUGGAGGACGGCGACGGAGCCUGGUGCCCCAAGACGGCGGUGGAGCCAGAUGACCUGAAGGAGUUCCUGCAGAUCGACCUGCAAGCCCUGCACUUCAUCACGCUGGUGGGCACCCAGGGGCGCCACGCCAAGGGCCACGGCAAUGAGUUUUCCCCCAUGUAUAAAAUCAACUACAGCCGGGAUGGCACCCGCUGGAUCUCCUGGAGGAACCGGCACGGGAAGCAGGUGCUGGAUGGAAAUACCAACACCUACGACAUCGUCCUCAAGGACCUGGAGCCGCCCCUCAUCGCCCGCUUUGUGCGCUUCAUCCCCGUCACUGACCACUCCAUGAGCGUCUGCCUGCGCGUGGAGCUGUACGGCUGCGCCUGGCUGGAUGGGCUGGUGUCCUACAACGCGCCGGUCGGGCAGCAGCUCAUCCUUCCCGGGGGCACCAUCAUCUACCUCAACGACUCGGUGUACGAUGGGGCCUUCGGCUACAGCAUGACAGAGGGCCUGGGCCAGCUGACGGACGGGGUGUCGGGGCUGGACGACUUCACGCAGACCCACGAGUACCACGUCUGGCCGGGCUACGACUACGUGGGCUGGCGCAACGAGAGCACGGCCGGCGGCUUCGUGGAGAUCACCUUCGAGUUCGACCGCAUCAGGAACUUCACCGCCAUGAAGGUCCACUGCAACAACAUGUUCGCCAAAGGUGUGAAGAUCUUCAAGGAGGUGCAGUGCUACUUCCGCGCCGACGCCAGCGAGUGGGAGCCCAGCGCCGUCUCCUCGGUGCUGGUGCUGGAUGAUGUGAACCCCAGCGCCCGCUUCGUCACCGUGCCCCUGCUGCACCGCAUGGCCAGCGCCAUCAAGUGCCAGUACUACUUUGCCGACACCUGGAUGAUGUUCAGCGAGAUCACCUUCCAGUCAGAUGCAGCCAUGUACAACAACUCUGUGCCCCCCGCCGAGGCACCCGCGGUGCCCACCACUUACGACCCCACGCUCAAGGUGGACGACAGCAACACGCGCAUCCUGAUCGGGUGCCUGGUGGCCAUCAUCUUCAUCCUGGUGGCCAUCAUUGUCAUCAUCCUGUGGCGGCAGUUCUGGCAGAAGAUGCUGGAGAAGGCAUCACGGAGGAUGCUGGAUGAUGAAAUGACUGUCAGCCUCUCCCUGCCCAGCGAAUCCAGCAUGUUCAUCCACAACCGCUCCUCCUCGCCCAGCGAGCAGGAGUCCAGUUCCACCUACGACCGCAUCUUCCCCCUGGGACCCGACUACCAGGAGCCCUCCCGCCUGAUCCGCAAGCUGCCCGAGUUCACCUCGGGGGAGGAGGACACAGGCUGCAGCGGCCCCACCAAGCCGGCGCAGGCCGGUGUCCCCGAGGGCGUCCCGCACUACGCCGAGGCCGACAUCGUCAACCUGCAGGGUGUGACGGGCGGCAACACCUACUCGGUGCCAGCCCUCACCAUGGACCUGCUCUCCGGCAAGGAUGUGGCCGUCGAGGAGUUCCCCAGGAAGCUGCUGACCUUCAAGGAGAAGCUGGGGGAAGGCCAGUUUGGGGAGGUUCACCUCUGUGAAGUGGAGGGGAUGGAGAAGUUCACGGGGAAGGACUUGGCCCUGGAGGGCUUGGAUGGCAGCUCUGAGCGCCCCGUGCUGGUGGCUGUGAAGAUGCUGCGGGCAGAUGCCAACAAGAAUGCCAGGAAUGAUUUUCUGAAGGAAAUCAAGAUCAUGUCGCGGCUGAAGGACCCCAACAUCAUCCGGCUGCUGGCAGUGUGCAUCACAGAUGAUCCCCUGUGCAUGAUCACUGAGUACAUGGAGAAUGGGGACCUCAACCAGUUCCUGUCCCGCCAGCAGGCAGGUGGCCCUGCAGAUGGCCACACACCCACCGUCAGGGACCUGCGCUUCAUGGCCACCCAGAUUGCCUCAGGCAUGAGGUACCUCUCAUCCCUCAACUUCGUGCACCGGGACCUGGCCACGCGCAACUGCCUGGUGGGGAAGCACUACACCAUCAAGAUCGCCGACUUUGGGAUGAGCAGGAACCUCUACAGCGGGGACUACUACCGCAUCCAGGGCCGGGCGGUGCUCCCCAUCCGCUGGAUGUCCUGGGAGAGCAUCCUGCUGGGCAAGUUCACAACAGCCAGUGACGUGUGGGCGUUCGGAGUGACGCUGUGGGAGACCUUCACACUCUGCCGGGAGCAGCCCUACUCCCACAUGUCUGACGAGCAGGUCAUCGAAAACACCGGCGAGUUCUUCCGGGACCAGGGCCGGCAG